AUGGCGGGCGCGGGGCGGCUGCACGACCUGGACCUCAGCGCCGAGGAGGCGGAGCGGCUCCAGCGCGCCUUCCGCGACGAGCGGUUCCGGGCGCUGUUCGCGGAGUACGCGGCCGAGCUGACCGACCCCGAGCAGCGCCGGCUGUACGAGGAGGAGGUGGCGGCGCUGGAGCGGCAGCGCGGCGUGGAGGUGCGCUUCGUGCACCCGACGCCGGGCUUCGUGCUGCGGACGAGCCAGGAGGGCUCCCGCCGCUGCUACAUCAACGUCUGCAGCAACGCGCUGAUGGGGGAGCCGCGGAGCCGCGCCGAGCGCGGCGGGCAGCGCUGGGAGCUGCCCUACAGCCUGGCCCCGGGCCGCGAGGAGCUGCGCCCCGGCGGCCGCCGCCGCCUCCUGUACGACGUGGUGUUCCACCCAGCCGCGCUGCGCCUGGCCGCCCGCAGCGCCCGCUUCCGCCGCCUGCUCUGCGACACGGCGCUGGAGGCCGUGGAGAGCCGCUGCGGGGUGCGGCUGGACCGCAACAACGCCACCGUCCUGCGAGGAGUCUCCUACAAGGGCGUCCCGCAGGCGCCCGUCAUCCGCUCCCCGCUGCCCGGCGGCGCCCCGAAGCCGCCCGACGACGGGGACUCUCCGCUGCCGCCCUUCCCCUUCCCGCCCGCCGCCGCCCCGCCGCCCGCCGCCGCAGGACCCUCGCCCGCCGCGCCCCCGCCGCCCUCCGGCCCCACCACGCCGCGCUGGAGCAUCCGCCACCGCUCCUACGUGGACCUGCAGGACUACCGCCACUGCCGCGACUCGGCGCCCAGCCCGGUGCCGCGGGAGCUGGUGGUGACGGUGGAGCUGCCGCUGCUGCGCUCGGCCGAGCAGGCGGAGCUGGAGAUCCGCGGGCGGGAGCUGCGGCUGGACUCGCAGCGUCCCGCCUACCGCCUGCGGCUCCUCCUCCCCUACGACGUGGACGAGAGCGGCGGGCGGGCGACCUUCAACCGGGCCCAGCGGCAGCUGCAGGUGACGCUGCCCGUGGUGCUGCCGCCCGGCCCGCGGGAACCGCCGGGCCCGGCAGGGGAGCGGCUGGAGGCGGCCGAGCCCGUUGCCCAGCGCUCGGAGGAGGCAGGCCCGGCGGAGGAGGGCGGCGGAGCGGCUCCACCCCCGGAACUCGGCCCUGGCGGCGCGGUCCGGAGCACGUGUGGCGGCGGGGAGCCCGGUGAUCCUCCCGCCGAACCCCCGGCUGAGGCACUUUGUGAUCCUCCCGCUGCUCCAUCUGCCCAGCCCCUCGCUGAAGCAGCCGCUGAACUGCCCGUAGAACCACUCUGUGAUCCACCCGCUGAACCCGCGGGUGAACCCCCUGUUGAUCCAACCUCUGAACCCUUUGCUGACUCCCCUGCUGAGCCCCCCGCUGAACCUGCCACUGACCCAACCUCUGAACCCCCUGCUGGUCCAACCACUGACCCCCGCUCUGAUCCCUUCACCGAACCCGCCACCGAUCCACCCGCAGAACCCCUCACCGAGCCCCCGGACCCACCACUGCCCUGCUGCGGCGCCGCUCCCCCCAUCGCCAGCCCCGAGCCAGCCAUGCCCAGCGGGGACACCCCUCCGCUGGCCCCCGAGGGCCACCCCGGCGAGGUGUGCCCUCCCUUCCGUGCCCGGCAGGACGAGGCAUCCCUCACUCUGCUCCUGCUCGUGCCCGGCAUCCAGCCGCAAAGCCUCCACGGGGAUGUGGGCACGCACCACUACAGCCUCCGCUUCUGCACCGACGCCGCUGCCUUCGCCCUGUUCCUGCGGUUCCCUCCCGCGGCCGCGCUGGUGUCCCCCGAGAGCAGCGUCAGCGUCUCGGCCCACAACGCCGUGGUGGGGCUGGCCAAAGCCCCCGGCAGCACCGGGCUCUGGGACAAGUUCAGCUUCGGCCUCGACCCCUCCGCUCUGCAGGAAAGAUUGUUUGUCAGCGAGGAGAACGUUGAUGGAUUUCUAGGCGCUGCUUUCUGCCCUUCCCCUUGCUCCCAAUCAGCGCUGGAAAGCCAACCAUUAAUUGAAGUGCUGGAUGUUACUGAGGACAGAAUUCAAAUCAGGGUGGAGCCAGGGGAACGUGAUGGAGAGGGAACACUUGGCAGCUCCGGGGGAACCGCCAGCAACAACCCCGAAACAAAGGCAGAGACAGAAACAAAGUGUCCCGCGGCUGAGGCGCGUGCUGCAGGAUCCAGCCCAGCUCCCGCCGCUGGAACAAUGGGAAAAGCAGGCUGCGGUUCACACCAUUGUUUGCAGCGUGAACCUCCUGCCACCAGUUCAGCGAUUCCCGGCGGAUCUGCGAGAGAGGAGCCCGAUUUAGAAAACGCUGCUGCGGCAGGAGACGCAGCCCCGGCCCCGGGCUCCGGAAAACAGGGAGAACUGCCGGGGCUUGGGGAUGGGGAUGGGGAUGGGGAGGCAGCCCCGGGGCUGGGCAGCGGGACACGCUCCCCCAUCCUGCGGGAGGUGAACCCCCAGGACGGGAGCGUGCGGAUCCUCCGCGACCACCGAACGCGCUGCCCCGUGGCCUUCCAGAACUCUUUGCUCUAUGAGCUGGAUUAGCUUCAUUGUUUUAGGAUUUCCUUCUCUGGUUUGAUGCUUGUUCUGACUUCCACGUGCUGCUGGUGGAUGAUUUCAGGGCUCAGAGGGGGUCAUGGGUUCCCGCCGAAACCGGCGCAGCACCGAAACUUUCCGUUGGUAACAGUUUUAACGAUUUCACGGCAAUAAUUUUCCUUACGAGAAAAGUUGCAGUCGGAGGUGACUCCGAGCUCCUGGGGAAAAAAAAAAAAUGUAUCUUUCUUGUUUACAUAAAUUUUUUAUUCUCUUCCCUCGUUUUAGGGAUUAUUUGUAUAUAUCCUCGGUCUAAUGGCUCCCUCGGGAAUUGAGCAGUAGUCAUCAUUUUCCAAACCUUUCAUUUUGUGAUAACUGCAGGAUUAGACUCGCAGUGAUUCUUAGCAAUCAAAUGAAAUUUCUAAUUACCCGGAGAAGUUCUAAUUAGUCUCCUAGAAAUAAUCAGCAUUUAUACCCUGUAUUCCAUCCUAGUGCUGUGCUUCAGAUCUGCAGCACCCAGAUAUCCCCAGCUGAACAAAUUCCAUUGCACAAGAACAUCCUCUGCGUGCGCGUCCAAAAUAUUUACAAUUGGUGAAAUGGAGUCUCUUUAUCCAGAUUAGAUUUAUUUUUCUCCGUUUCCCUCGAGUUUCAGCGUUUCUCACCUCCCUAAAGCACAAUAACCAAGAGAACACAUCUAAUAAUAAACUUCCUGUUCCCCUUUCUCACUGAUGCUGAACCAACUUCUGUUUUCGUUGGAGAGGUGCUUUAGAGGAGAGUUCAUUUUGCCUCCUUUCAGGGCGGCUCUGGCAUUGCUGCCACAUUUCUCUGUGAAACACCACUUUGGGUGCGUGGUUUCAGAGUUCAGCAGGAGCCACAGCUGCCCAAAACACCUGCCCUACCCUCCAGGAUCCUGCUGGAGCUUUGCUGGGCUCAGCUUAACCCCAUCAGCUUUUUGGGAGAGGUCCUUGAGGGUGAGGCACCAGCACAGCUUCAGCACCAGCCCCGACCCAGUGGAACAGAACACGGAGCGAUUACCUUGCAAAAUCGUGCUUAAAUAACCCCUGGAAAAUAGAAAAAAGCGGCGUUUUCUUUCUCUGCCACAUUUCUGUGAUCUACAAAAGCUGCACAGGUGCUUCUGCCACAGCUGAG